AUGCAUGAGAAUAGACAAGUCAUAUAUUUCUCAAGAUUCUGUCAAUUACUGUUUAAUGCCACUAUUGAUGAGGUGGAUUUUGAUGUUGAUGAUGAGAUCAAGCCAUUUAGGCUUCAUAAAAGGGUGUUUAAGGAUCUCAUCUCCAAAGAUGAGAAGUAUCCAAUUCAGAGACCCCUUCUAAUUCCAGCUCAGGUUAGAGUCAGGAUGGAUAUGCCCCCAGUACAACACCAACAACCACAACAGCCUCAACCUCCAGUCUCUCCUACAAUCCCCAAACAACCCAGAACUUCUGCAUCCAGAUCUAAAAAGGCUACAAAGUCUGAUGAAAAUCUUUCUACUAAGCAGACCAGAACCUCUGUUGCUACACAAGUUCUGAAGACAAAGUCUGAUAAACCAGCAAACUUUGAUGCUGGUGCCAUUGUUCAUGAUACAGCUCCAGAAAACUACAAGUCAGAUGCUGUAGUUGAUCAAUCUGACAAAGUAGCAUUGGAAGCCCUGCAGUCUCUUGCUAAGGCUGGUGAAGAGCCUAGCAAAUCACAGUCUGAAGCUCAAGAAAAAUCUGCUCAAAAUCCUGUUGAGAACGUUGCUAAUCCUGCAUCUGAUAAUGAUGAGGAUGAUGAAAGUUCAGAUGAUGACAAUGAUCAAAAUGAUGAAGUCCCUCAGUCACAUCUACAACAAAAGUGGGAGUCUACCAGCCAAGGAAGCUGA